UUGAUAUAAAUCUUUUGGAGAUGUAUGUAAAGACUAGACCAACAAAUCAUGAUAAUCUAUUUCAAAUGAAUGGUCAGCAUGGUUAUCAUAUGAAUUUAUUAGCUCAAAAUUAUGGAUUUUCCAUGCUCAGUCAUCCUCAUUUUGCAUAUACUGCAACCCCUAGUAUCCAUCAAUCACUUGAUGCAAGCCCUAACGAACAUGAGUAUCAAUCAUAUGAUGAAGGAUUAAGUAGUCAAGGACACAUUGAAAGUGGCCACAGACAAUAUGAGAUCAGAGAAGAUGAGGAUAACUUUGAUUUGUGUAAUGAUGCACAUGCUCAAAUUUGUGAUGAAAGUUUGGAGGAAGAUGAUGGAGAAAGUGAAACCUUAGAAAGUGAAUCUGAUGAAGAUACCAAUGAUAGUGAAGAUUUACCUCAAAAUGAUAUUGGUGUAAAUCUUCAUAAUCAAUUUGGUCAAAGUGUGUCUGAAAUGCAAAAUCAUGAUAUACCCUACUUUACAACAUUAGAGAAUGAAGAAGAUAUUUUUAUCUCUACCCGUGAAUCUGAGAUGAAUUGUUGUUCUGUUUGGUCUGACGAUGGUGUGUUUUAGCAGCAAAGAUAGAUUGAAACGGGCUGUGACAAUUUGGAGUUUGUGCAAAAAUAAAGAAUUCAUAGUUGUAACAUCAAGCAAGAAACUAUGGAUUGUCAGAUGCAGGUUUCACAAAUCAUUAGGUUGUCGAUGGUUUCUUCAAGGCCGAAAGGUUGGAGGUAGCCUUUGGAAGAUAGAAAAGUAUUUUGAUAAUCAUAGAUGUGAGACUG